CCCUGGCCCGGAGGUGGGGCCGCCCGGCCGCCCUCCCCGCCUCUCCCGGCUAUAAAUCGCGCCCGCAGCCCGCCCGCGGCGUCCGUCCGUGCGUCCGCCCCGCAGCUCCAUCCGUCCGUCCGUCCUGCGCUCCUCCGCUCCCGCCGGCACCAUGAGCUACUCCCGGAGCACCGUCUACUCCAGCAGCUACCGGCCCGUCAGCAGCCAGAGCAUCGGCAGCACCCGCCGCUUCGCGCCCAUCAGCAGCGCGGCCAGCGUCUACGCCGGCGCCGGCGGCUCGGGCUCCAGGAUCUCCAUCUCCAGGACCAGCAGCCUGGGGAGCGCUGGAGGCGGCUACGGAGCCGGGAUGAGCGGCUACGGAGCUGGGAUGAGCGGCUAUGGAGCCGGGAUGAGCGGCAGCCUGCUGCUCACAGGCUCUGGCAUGGUGCAGAACGAGAAGGAGACCAUGCAGGACCUCAACGACCGCUUGGCCACCUACCUGGACAAGGUGCGGAGCCUGGAGCAGGAGAACCGCAAGCUGGAGGUCCAGAUCCGUGACUUCAUGCAGAAGAAGGGUCCCAGCUCGCACGACUGGAGCCACUACUGGGAGGUCAUCGAGGACCUGCGCAACAAGAUCUUCGACGCCACGGUGGAUAACGCCCGCACCGUGCUGCAGAUCGACAACGCUCGCCUGGCCGCCGACGACUUCAGGGUCAAGUAUGAGGCCGAGCUGGCCAUCCGCCUCUCGGUGGAGAACGACAUUGUGGGGCUCCGCAAGGUCAUCGAUGACACCAACAUGGCCCGGCUGCAGCUGGAGGGCGAGAUCGAGUCCCUCAAGGAGGAGCUCAUCUUCAUGAAGAAGAAUCAUGAGGAAGAGGUGAACAGCCUGCAGGCGCAGAUCUCCGACUCAGCCCUCACGGUGGAGGUGGACGCGCCCAAGUCCCAGGACCUGGGCAAGAUCAUGGCGGAGAUCCGGGCGCAGUAUGACGCACUGGCCCAGAAGAACCUGGAGGACCUGGAAAAGCAAUGGGGCCAGCAGAUCACCGAGAGCACCAUUGAGAUCACACAGAGCAGCAAGGACGUGGACACGGCCCGCAGUACCGUGGUCGACCUCCGCCGCACUGUCCAGACCCUGGAGAUCGACUUGGAGUCCCUCCGCAACCAGAAAACUGGCUUGGAGGCCAACCUGCUGGAGGUGGAGAACCGCUAUGCCAUGCAGAUGGAGCAGCUCAACGGGCUCAUCCUGCGGGUCGAGGCGGAGCUGAUGCAGGUGCGGGGCGAGCUGCAGCGCCAGGCCGAGGCGUACCAGGCGCUGCUCAACGUCAAGGACAAGCUGGAGGCGGAAAUCGCAACCUACCGGCAGCUGCUCGAGGGUGGAGAGGAAUUCAGCCUGCGGGAUGCUCUGGAGAAGGAAACCACGUCCACCGUGCAGAGGUCCACGCAGAAGGUGGUGGACGGCAAGGUGGUGUCGGAGACCAAGGAGGUGAAGGUGCGAACGUACUGAGUGGGCCGGCGUGUGGAGGAGACGUGCCGGACACCUCGUCCCGCGCGCGGCCGGCGGGAGCCUCCAGCACCUCCCGCCUGACGCCCCCGGCUUCACCGUCGCAGCAAUAAAAUGUCAUUUUAUCCUCGA